AUGGAUUCUCCGUCGGUGCAGAAGGAGGUUGAUGAACCUUUGGUGGUAUCAGACGAAUCAUUGCAACAAAGACCACCUUCUUUUAUUCAAUCUUUCAGCUCGAGACAUGGAUCACAUGGUGAACUUGAGCGAUUACUCGCAGACAGUAGCGUCCCUUACAUAAAGCGUGUUGGACCCGCGACAUGGUUGGAGUUUAAGCUCCUGUUUCACCUUGCUGCUCCUGCUGUCAUCGUCUACCUCAUCAACUAUAUCAUGUCGAUGUCCACGCAAAUCUUCUGCGGCCACCUCGGAAACCUCGAACUUGCUGCUGCUUCCCUCGGAAACACUGGCAUCCAAAUCUUCGCUUAUGGCCUCAUGUUGGGUAUGGGAAGUGCCGUUGAGACGCUGUGCGGACAAGCAUACGGAGCGAAGAAAUUCCACAUGUUAGGCAUAUACCUGCAACGAUCCACGGUUCUACUCUCACUCACAGGCAUUCUCUUAACCCUAAUCUACGUCUUCUCAGAACCAAUCCUCCUCAUGCUAGGCGAGUCCCCGAGAAUCUCGUCCGCAGCGGCGGUUUUCGUGUACGGGCUUAUCCCUCAGAUCUUCGCCUACGCCGUGAACUUCCCCAUCCAGAAGUUCCUCCAGGCGCAGAGCAUCGUGGCGCCGAGCGCGUACAUUUCAAGCGCGACGCUGGUGCUCCACCUGGGGCUGAGUUGCUGGGCGGUGCAGAAGGUGGGGUUGGGUCUGCUGGGCGCGUCGCUGGUGCUGAGCUUCUCGUGGUGGGUGAUCGUGUUGGGGCAAUUCGCGUACAUCGUGAAGAGUGAGAAGUGCAGGCAGACGUGGCGCGGGUUCACCUUCGAAGCGUUUACGGGUUUGCCGGAGUUUUUCAAACUCUCGGCGGCUUCGGCGGUGAUGCUGUGUCUUGAGACGUGGUACUUCCAAAUUCUGGUGCUGCUGGCGGGGUUGCUUCCUGAGCCCGAGUUGGCUCUUGAUUCCCUUUCCAUCUGUACCACACUGUCUGGAUGGGUUUUCAUGAUCUCAGUUGGAUUUAACGCAGCUGCAAGUGUGAGAGUGAGCAACGAGCUAGGAGCAAGAAAUCCAAAAUCAGCGUCAUUUUCUGUGGUGGUGGUGACAGUGAUAUCAUUCAUAAUAUCGGUUGUUGCAGCGGCGGUGAUUAUGGCACUACGAGAUGUGAUUAGCUAUGCUUUCACGGAUGGUGCAGAGGUAGCUGCUGCUGUCUCAGAUCUUUGUCCCCUUCUUGCCCUUUCCAUUGUCCUCAACGGCAUUCAGCCUGUUUUGUCUGGGGUGGCUGUUGGAUGUGGAUGGCAAUCUUUUGUUGCCUACGUAAAUGUUGGUUGUUACUAUGGAGUUGGCAUUCCAUUGGGUUCGCUUCUCGGUUUCUACUUCAAUUUUAAUGCUAAGGGAAUAUGGUUGGGAAUGCUUGGUGGCACCGUUUUGCAAACAGUAAUCUUAAUGUGGGUCACAUUCCGAACUGAUUGGAGUAAAGAGGUUGAGGAAGCAGAAAAGAGGUUGAACCAGUGGGAGGACAUAAAGGAGCCACUCAUCAAGAACUGA